ACAACCGGAUCCGACAUCUGCUGCCCGGAUCUCCCCUGCACGUAAAUAAGGUCCGCCAUCGGGAGUGCACACAGCAAACGUCAGACGUCACACGUUACAGGCGGCAUCAGCAUGAGAGUAGUCGUCCUUCUGGCUGUGGCGGUGACCAUGACAUAUGCACAGGUCCCUGGGACAUACAGAAUCAUAUGUGCAUCAACAGAUUGUUGGGGAUACUCCGUAUGUCGUAAAGUGCUGAACACAACUUCCGGCGAAGUCGUUCCCAUAUGUUUUGACCCCAUGCGCUAUCCACCAACGGGCAACGAGCAAGUAUGUAGCGACGGUCAGCCAUUGUGGGUCAUCACGGGCACGGGAGACUACUCUCAGGCGUCGUGCGGGCGAGUGGUCAACAAGACCACGUGUCCCAGCAACUACAGGUGUGUCACUUCACCUGUCGACGUAUACGAUGUGUGCUGCCCCAGUUCUGACAAGAUUGGUGAGUGUCCAGAGCCGCAACCGGGCAACGUCGGAGUCUGCGCAGACAUGUGUCAGGAGGACACAAACUGUCCAGGUGACCUCAAGUGCUGCCAGAACCCUUGUGGUGCUCACACCUGCCAGACACCUGUACACAGUCUUACCUGUGAAAACACUGAAUGCGGUUAUGGCUAUGUUUGUCAACUGACCCCGAAGGGACCGCAGUGUGUCUAUGCAAUACGUGACGGAAAGUGCCCGGAUUGGUCCGCGUCAAAGCCUCGCUUACCUUGCUCUACCUGUCGUUCUGACUGGACUGCCCUGACUUCCAGAAAUGUUGCCCUGGGAGACGGUUGAACUGUAGACAGUGCGUGCAUCCAGAACCGAGCGUGACGUGCGCGAAUAUUUCGUGCCCUAAGGGACAAAGGUGCGUCAUGAAAAAAGUCAUCUGCGCCAAAGCUCCGUGCUUCCCUGUUCCGACUUGUGUCUAGAGAUGGUGUCAAGAUGACCGAAUUCCUUACUAUUCAGCUGCUGCAGUCUGCUUGUACUGACUUCAUCUCAAGGAUGGAAUAAAGAAUAUUUUUAGUCUCUAAGAUUUUAUUGCUGGGGAUUGUGGGACAUCACAAAUUUAUUACAAUAUAAUAUUGUCGUGAUGUCAACACAGAUUAUUUCCCUAUUAAAGAAAUGCAUUUACCAUG